GAAUUAACAGAUUAAUAAGCUGGAAUAGAGUAAGAAGUGUUAUAAAGUUAUAGAGAAAUUUUUGUUUCAGAAUUAAAAUGCAAACACAAGACGAAAGAAAAAAUGCUUUGCAAAAAAAAUUGGGCAAGCUAUUGGAAACUCGUUUGGACACAGACAAAGAGACUUUAGAAGCUUUAAAAGAUCUUUCAACUUAUUUGCCGGAAGAUAUGGUUAUUACGGAUUUAAAUUUACGCUAUGAAAUUGAAAAACAUGGAAUCGAAAUAAACAAAAAAUUUUUGGAAGCUUUCCGGGCUGUAAAAGACGCUAUUGAAGAAGUUUGUGAUGAGAUUGAUGAUAUAGCAGAUUCUGUCAGCAAUAUGAAAGCAAAUCUUCAAAGUUCUCAAGUAUUAACAAAGGAUCUAAUAUUACAAACAAAUGAUUUACAAAAUGAAGGAAGAAAAGUUCAAUUACAACAACAGGUUGCAAAAAAAUUUAUAGCACAUUUUCAACUUAGUGUAGAGGAGCAUAAAAUUUUGUAUGGUGCAAAUCGGGAUGAUGCCAUCACAAUGAAAUUUUUUGACGUUCUAGAUCGUGUGCAAGUAAUACACAAUGAUUGCCGAGUCUUAAUACAAAAUAAUUUUCAAACAUUGGCUCUGGACAUAAUGGAAGAGAUGACAUUGCAUCAAGAAGCAGCUUUGGAAAGAUUAUAUAGAUGGACACAAAAUCACUGCAGAAACAUAGAUAACAAUGAAAUAGGGAAUUUAGUUAUUAUAGCCAUGAGUAGACUCCAAGAUAGGCCAGUUUUGUUUAAAUAUGUAAUUGAUGAAUAUUCAACAGCUAGACGGUCAGUAUUAGUUCGAAUGUUUAUUGAUGCUUUAACAAUUGGUGGGCAUGGUGGACAUUCUAAGCCAAUAGAAAGUCUAGCACACGAUCCUAAGAGAUAUAUUGGAGAUAUGUUUGCUUGGCUUCAUCAAGCUAUCCCAACUGAGAAAGAAAAUUUAAUGUUGUUAGUCAAAAAGUGCGAGCAGAAUGAUUUAACUGACCAAAUCCAAAUUGCUCUUUCACAUAUUGUUGACGGUAUAUGUCAUCCAUUAAAGGUCCGAGUUGAAACAAUUUUGAAUUCAGAAAGAGAUACCAUUAUUUUAUACGCACUUUCUAAUUUAUUACGAUUUUAUCAAAACAUAAUAAAUCAGGUUGUUAGGGGUGGAAAUUUAGAACAAUGUUUGAUAGAUUUACAAAAAUACAGUGAGCAAGUGUAUUUGAAUUCAUUAGCAACACAGGUUAAAACUAUAUUACAAGGAUCUUCUCCUCAGGGAAGAGGUUUGGAUCCACCUCAGCGUGAUUUAGUUCCACCACAAAGUGUUGGAAAACUUUUGAAUAUAUUGAAAGAGAUUUUAUCAGUGGCAAGUAUGGUUGAAGGACGUCAAAGUGAUAUUGUAAAAAUUGUUUCAUGUGUUAUUGAUCCAUUAUUACAAUCUGUGCAAGAAUCAGCAUCUCAUUUACCAACUGUUGAUAUGGCUGUUUAUUUAUUAAAUUGCUUGUAUCAUAUGCAAAGUGCUUUAGCUGUUUAUGAGUAUAUGGAUGAAAGGGUAGAGCGUUUACAAGCUCAAUCUGAUGCACAAAUCGAUACAUUAACUUCAGAACAAGCUUCUUCUUUGGUAGCAAACUUAAAUUUAGGUCCAAUUUAUACGAUUUUACAAAAUAAUAAUUCCAAAAUUGAAGUUAAUUUAUUAAAAAUAUUUAUGGAUAAGUUUUUAGCAUUUCUAGAAAUGCCUGAAAUUCUUCUUUUACCUCAAAUUAGUUUACUUUUAAGCUCUAAUCAUAGACAACUUGUACAGAAGAGGUCUUUUAAUGUAAUCAUUGCAAUUUAUAAGCAAAUGUAUGAGAGAAUACAAGAAUCAGCAUACCAUACAGAUGUUGCAUCAGUGAAGUUAAAAACGCCAGAAGAAAUUUCUAAAAUUUUAUUAGGAUCAUAA